UUUAAUAACAAUUUAUUCUCAUCCGCAUUUUAAAAACAAAUAUUUAUGGAUGCAUUCGACGAGCGCACCCACAGUCUGCUCGAAGUGGUGGCUCACCUGGCCUUUCUGUUGGGCGCCGAGGAGAGUGGACCGAAAAGGCCAACAGCUGCGUCGGUGGCCAGGAAGCGCAGCCAGAUUUUCGAUUCUCUGCUGCGGAAUGGCACAAUGCCCGCCUCCAUGAAGGAGGCGCUCUUGCGGCAGGUGUGCAGGGACAUCAGGAGCGAGAGAAAAGAUGAAACGUUGCGCCACUUCCAGCAGAUACUCGGCUCUCAGGAUCCGUUCCUGGAUGCUGCUGACUGCAAAGGACCGCAGAAUGAUGCUGAGUGCAAAACGGUGUCCAGGUUCAGGCUCAAGCUUCUACAGCCAGGACCACUGCAGCUGAAAAAGCCGGCCAAUGAUAGUGAAGGGUAUGCAGCCCUAAGUGAUCUUAAACCAAUGAUGCUAACCUCCAUCGAUGAAUUGCGACGGAAAGGCAACCCGCUCCAUUUCACGCCCCGCUCUGGUUUAGCCCUCGUCAGUUUAAGUGAGAGGCGCGCUCCCCCCAAACGAUUGCAGUUGCAGGUCCCCUCCGAGACCUGCUCCGCCAUCUCACAGUCCUUGGCACGCAUUAGGGAGCCAAAGGACCAAAUGAUGCGCAUAACAUAUCGCCUACCGCUGCCAACGAAAAGGCCACCGCCUGAUAAAACCAGGGCCCGGGAUGAGCUGAAGAAAAACUUCAUAGCCAAGGCUAUGCCCGAGAAGCACUUCUUGUCGGAUACUAGCAUGAGCAACGAACUGUUGCUGAGCCAGAACAAAGAUUUGGUGCUGCAUUACGUCGAGCAGGAGGUGCUAAUUGACCACUUGAAGAAGGCAGCCGCAGGUCUGCAAUCAGAGACCUUCCAGUGCUCAGCCGAAGCCGGGGAUCUACUUCAAAUAAAAAGAAACACCACGGUGCGAACAGUGCUGCCCGAGGUGCUGUCCGAUUUUGUAGAACCAUUCAUGCGGUCUGGCACCGCCUUCCGACGCCUUAGUGCGCGCGUCAAGAGCGGAGGGCCCCGCCAGGAGGGACCGCUUAAUCGGGCCAUGCGGGACAUCCUCAUUGAUUUGUUGGCCACUAAUCGACAGUUUUUGCAUUGCCUGCCCGCCGAAAGCUUCUCGCAGUUGCUGCUCUCAGCCCAACCUGCCAUGCAAAUGAUGCAGCAUCUCGAGAUGAUGUUCGAUGCAGAACCUAGUCUGAACUUGAACUUGGGUGUGCCUGGAACUGUUCUCCUGACCAGCAUUGGGACGGCCAUUGACAAGUGCCGAAACAGCGACUUCCUGCAGCUGCUGAUGUAUCUGCUGAAGUGCAUGUGCCAGACAUACUUUGCCCAGCUUCAGCGGUGGGUCUACAGGGGCGAGCUGGACGAGGCGGUGAACGAGAUCUUCAUCAGACGCCGUGCGCCACUGAAUUCACAGAUUGACGAGUGCAGCAAGGAGUUCUUCGACAAGGGUUACCAGCUGCACCUGGAGGAAGUUCCAGACUUUCUGUCUGGCUGCGAAAACAUCAUUUUGCAGUGCGGGAAGUACAAUCGCCUGCUCAAGGCUUGCAAUGCUCAGCAUCCAGUCUUUGAUGAGGAGUACCCCGAUAUAGUAGUAUGUCUCUCGGAGGAGCAGCUCACGACGAUGCGUACCAAUUUAAACGAUAAAUAUUGCCGGGUCCGUCAGACCUUUGAGGAGUGCAGUAUGAAGAGUAUUUUUGAGGAGCGGAUGGCAUCCAAGCUUCGAUACAAGAACCGCAUGGUCGAGCAAACGGCGUCUUUUAUUGCCGCCUGGGAGGAGGAGCAGCGCGAGCUUCUCCUGGAAGCGAAUGCCAAGAAGCGGCUGCGCUACAAUCAGAUGAACGCAGAGCAGGAACUCCAGCAAAAGAAUCGUAUCGAACAGCGCCGCCAGGAGGUCGUUCAAGAGCUGCAGCAUCAGCGAGAACGUGAACGGUACGAUGAUCUGCUGCUGGAGCGUGAGAAGCAGGCGCUCUUAAAUCAAAUACAAGUGCUACAUCAGAGGGAACAGGCAGCGGAGGAUGCUUCCGAAUCGGAUAUGGCCAUGAGCCCCGAUCAUAGUUCAAAUACGAGUUUUCAAUCUUGCCUUGAAGCCCCUGAAGCAGAUGCAGAAGCAGACCCAGUGGACACUCCUUCAUUGAACGAUGAAGAACAAAAUGAAAUAGUUCCAGAGCCAGCACCCGUCUCUGUCGUGCCAUAUCACAGAAGUCACUCGGAUGUUCUCAAUUCCAAUGAAGAAGAACCCUCCUUACCCACUGAGCUGGAUCGCAAUCGCAGGCACAUGUUGUCCUCCGCCCUGUUGCAGGAGUGCCAAUCGGAGGUGCAUCUGGAGCAGUCUUCCAGCUCAGGCACAGAGUUACGGGCACUCCUGCCUCCGGACAUAAACAUGAACCUCAAUAGAUUGGAGGACACUGCGGAGCAGAGUGAUCUGGAACGGAACCGUCAGCGUAUGCUGCAGCAUGAUGGAUUCAAUGCCUUCAACUCCACCGAGGAUGUGCACACGCAGCGCGUCAAGUGCCAUCUGAGUUCCAAUUCGGCGCUGGCCAUUAAUCGGCGACGGGUGAUGGCAAGCGAAUUUGAUAUUCCGAGUGUUUGCAGAAAAGCCACAAUCAAAAUGGCUUCGAUUGCGGAAAACGGUUUGCACUUGCCACUCGAAGUGCACAAGCUGCAUGUGGUACAGCCUCUGGAUGUCGGUACUCCGAUGUCCACCACAUCCGAUGUGGAUAUUGAUGGACUUUCCGACCACAUUCCACUUCAAAAAGAUGAUGCUUCUGAAACAGAUGCUGGUGAAGAGAACAACAGCCUGGAUCCUGCAACACCUUUGUCGCUUACUCCAUUGCCUGCUCAGCCUGCGCCAGCACUACAGGCUACAAGAGCGUCUUCAGGAGCCAGCAGAUUCCAAACUGUUGGGUGGCCAACGAAUUUUGGAAAGGUGAAAGAGCUGCAACAGCCGCAGAGCUCAGUCGCCUCGGUGCCGGAGUCGUGUAAUCCAUUUAUGGCCAGGCGCUGUCUGCAAAUGUCCGUGAUGGAGCCCGUCAGUGCGCACUACGCGCUGCUUCGCAACGAGGUGCUGCGCAUCUUCAAGGAGCAACGAGUCUACGAGCACUUUCGCAUGCUGAGAAACUACUUCUUUCUGCUGAACGGCGAGUUUGGCACACAGCUCACAGGCGGCAUUUUGGAUCACAUUAGGGUGGGAAUGGAUCCGGGCAGCCUCUGCCAGAAGGGUGUGCUGGACGCUAUUCUCAACAACGCGCUCGGAGGCUGUGCGGCUGGCGAGGACGUCGUCGUUGCACAGAAUCUCACACUGGAAUGCAAAAAGAUACCGGAUGGCUUGGACUUCAUGUCUCUGGAUGCCACGUCCAUGUUGACGCUAAAUUGCAAAGUGAAUUGGCCGCUAAGCUUGGUGAUCAACGGCGAAACAAUCAUCAAGUAUGGACAGAUCUUCGAGCAUCUGCUAAAGCUGCGUCAUGUCACCUUUGUUCUUGAGGGCUCCUUCCAGCAUCUCCAACUGCUGGCAAAGCAGCACGGAUCAGCACUCCGCACUGCCCUGCAGUUUAGGCACCUGCAGGCGGUGCGCCACAAGCUGUCACACUUUAUGACCACAUUGCAGACCCAUCUCGUGGCUAAUGCGCUGCAGGCCACCUGGAACUCCUUCAAGAAGGACUUGUGUGGGUGCGACUGCAUCGAGGGGCUCUAUAGGAUGCAUGUGUCGUACUUGAAACGUGUGGCAUUCCUGGCGCUGCUCAAUCGUCGUAGCACCAAGAUCAAGGAAACCAUUGACGGCAUUCUUGUGAUUGUUAUGCGGUUUUGCAAGGUUCUCGAGUCGCAGUCUUUCGCUAUGGAGGGAGAAGAGUUGGUGCAUCCGCGCUACAAGCGCCUUGUACACGAGGAGGCAGAGUUUGAGAAGUUCCUGCAGUACUUCAUCUACUUGGGCAACAAGCUGGCUGCCUCCGGGUACCAAGAGGAAAUCGGAGACCUGAUACGUGUUAUUAAUUUUAACAACUAUUACAAGUUAUCUGACGGAUCCACAUCGACCUUCACAAAUCGAAUGUAGCAAUCGUGCGUCCGAUUCUGUUAAAGGAUUCUUUGAUCCAAGAAGUGAGAUAAGAUUUCAAGAUUUUAAUAAUGCAUG